AUGAUAGACCCUAUAUUUAUUAAACACUGGAGUUCUAGAGUAAGCCAAUUUGUCUACAAUUACCAAAUACACUUUGACAACCCAAUGUAUUUACUGUGGCCCGACGGUGUUCGUCAUGAUGACGUAUUACUAUUUCUAAGCGAUGCACCGCCGUACGUGAAGAAAGUAUGUACGACUAUUAAAGCUCUGUACUCCAAGAUGACUCAUGUUAUUUGUAUAGCACGCGGAUUACGUAGAUUGACAGAAAAUAUUCGGAGUCAUAUUCCUAGAGUUGAUGAAUUAGUAGCAAAAGGACAGCAAGUAUUUUUAAAAACCCCUUCACGUGUUUUAUUGUUUAAGACAGAAGCUCUUCCUCCCGCACCCGUACUCACAUGUUAG